GACUUUUCGUUCGAAAAUAGAAUCGUACAUGUAAACUGACUAUGGCCCUAAAGUACUGUGUUGUGUGAAAUUUGUGUGGGUUUGCAAUGUCGGAUAUUGGCAGUGGAGACGAAGGGAUUCCCAGCCAGAAAUACCAUGGCCAGGGAAUGGAUGCAGGAGGAGCGGAUUUUGAUUCAGGUCAGCAAACUGAGAUAGAACUUGCAACAAAAAUGUUGCAAAUUCAAGCCAAGCGUUUCUAUCUUGAUGUGAAACAUAAUCGCAGAGGCAGGUUUAUAAAAGUUGCUGAGAUUGGUGCUGAUGGACGUCGCAGCCAAGUAUAUUUAGCUUUGUCAACAGCCGCUGAGUUUAGAGAUCAUUUAUCAACUUUUAGUGAUUACUAUGCAUCCUUAGGUCCGCCCAACCCAGAGAAUGUUCCAGAAGACGGUAAGCUUAAGUCAGAGAUGAUGAUAAAAGAUAAUCGUCGUUAUUAUCUUGAUCUCAAAGAAAAUUCCAGAGGGCGAUUUUUACGGGUAUCACAAACCAUAACUCGUGGCGGGCCACGCUCUCAAAUUGCGAUUCCAGCUCAGGGAAUGAUAGAAUUUCGGGAUGCACUAACAGAUUUGCUAGAAGAGUUUGGAACGGAUGAUGGAGGAUAUAAAGGAGAACUUCCUGAAGGGCGUCACAUGCGAGUGGAUAACAAAAACUUCUACUUUGACAUUGGCCAAAAUAAUCGCGGAAUUUAUAUGCGCAUUAGCGAGGUAAAAAGCAACUUUCGUACAGCCAUAACGGUCCCCGAAAAAUGCUGGUCAAGAUUCAGGGACAUACUGGCAGAUUAUUGCGAUAAAAUGAAACAUUCUGGUGAAGCUACCACCACAGAGAUGGUUAAUGUAGAACAACAAUCCUCCAGUCUAAAAUAAGGCUUGUGAUCUUUUUAUUUUUAUGUUUUAAAUGAUUAUUAGUGUUAACAUCUACUAUAAAUGACAAGACAUCGAUGAUGUAGAAAAAUUAUAAGCUUUUGUAUAUACUACAUAUGAUGUAGUGGUAUAAACUGGUGAUAUUAAAUUAUAAUACAUAAUCGAUUUGAAUGUCAUGAAAGUAUUAAAGUUGAUUACAAACAAAUAUAUGAUGACUCAUUGGACACUAAUAAUUAUGAAAAAAUAUUUUUCGGAAUAUCAAAAUUGGAUUUAGAACAUGCAAUUGAUAGUCUAUUGCGAUGAUUUUUGAUUUAGUAAUAAUUGCACUCAAAGUCAAACUCAUGUUGAGAAGUCAGUACUGUUGUGGAAUUAGUUGAAAAACAAAUUUAAUUUUUUGUUAACAAUUUUUAAAAUGAAUUAAUUUAAUGAUUAAAUGACGAAGUAUAAUUUUUUUUUGUGUAUGUACAACAUCUAUUGAAAGUUUUGCAUAUUGAUUUUGCUGUAAUUCAUUGUAGUCUCAGUCUUAGAAUUAACAUUUUUGUUACUUUUUUAUAGUUUAUUUUUUAUACUGAUUUUUAUUUGUAUACCAUUUGUUAAAUGAGUAAAGUAUUUUAAAUAUUGUUACGAAGUUCUGAAACUUUAUUUUUUUUAUUGAAUUAUCACAAAAAUACACAUGUGCGGUACAUACAGCAAUGACAACUCGAUUUGUAAUGAAAUAUCAAGUAUAAUUUUUCUCAUAAUUAAACAUAGACCAUGAGUUCAUCCAGUGUGUUACUAGAGAAUAUAUAAUUUAACAAAAAAAAUGUUAUGUACAAAUUUAAAUGUUCAAAAGGGCUUGUAUUGAACAGAAACUUAUGCAGUAAUGUUUUGAAUUAAUUGUAGAAAUAAUCACAAAGAAGUUCAUUCCAUUUUUGUUAUUACUAUAAAAACAGUUAACCAAACUAUAAUGAAAUUACUUUAUUUCUUAGUGGAAAGUUUAC